AUGUUGGCUGGAUCAGCUAAUGGAACUUUUUUACCACCUUAUAAAGUUUACAAGGCUAAAACAAUAUCCAAUAGUUGGAGAAUGAACGGUCCAAAAGGUUCUAGGUAUGCAUCUAGUAAGUCAGGAUGGUUUGAUAGCUAUGCGCUUGAUGAUUGGAUAAGAAGUAUUGCCAUUCCUUAUUUGAGAAAAUUACCUGGUAGAAAAAUUUUUAUAGGAGACAAUUUAUCAAGCCAUAUAUCCACAGAUGCAAUUAAAUUGUGUCAAGAAUAUAAUAUUUCAUUUGUGUUUUUACCAGCUAAUUCUACACAUCUUACUCAACCUCUAGAUGUGGCAUUCUUUAAAACCUUUAAAAUGUCACUGGAGGAAGAUUCUUGA